UCAACACACAUUGAAUCCGAUGGGGAACGCUGCCCCCCGCUGCCUACCUGACGCCGGCGGACGAGUGAUCCUCUCCGACGGCGGCGUGGUCACCUACGACGAGCCCCUCACCGCGGCGGAGCUCAUGCUGGAGCACCCGCAGCAUGUGGUGGUGGAAUUCAAGCCGAUCGCCAGCGGGAAAAAGGCGGCGCCGCUUCCGGCGGAUCAGAAGCUGGAGAUCAGGAAAACCUACCUGAUGCUCCGGAUCAGGAAGGGCAAGCCGAUCCAGCUGUCGUCGGAGGAAGCUCGGAGAUUGAUCUUCGGCAACAACGCCGGGAUCAAAUCGAACGCGCUGCUGUCGUGCACUGGUCUCGUGCCGCUGGUCGCGCGGAUUUUGCCGGCGAUCGGAGGGAGGAGAGGCUGCGGAGUGGAGAGGAGGAAGCUCCCGGUAAGUUCGGAUGAGGUGGAAGAGGAGAGAUUGGAUUGCUUUGCGGAGAUAUUGGAGGGAAGGCCGGAGUUUCUGAGCAGGCAGAUUUCGGGGAAGGGAUGGAAGCCGAGUUUGGAUCCGAUUAGGGAGAAAGCGGUUAAACCCAAAGUUGGGAAUUGGGUUAUUCUCUAAGUUUUUUAGUAUGAGUAAUUGCUGUUUCGUUUUAUAAACCGGAUCGGUCCGGCCGAUUCGAUCGGCUGCGAACCAGUGUGUCGCA